AUAGCACCAGCUCAGUAUCAUUUUUAUUCGUUUCGAGGUUGAACACGUACACAUUUUUAGCUAAUCUGGGUGAAAAAUUCUAUGAAUUAUUUUAAGGCGGCACAGCAAAUCGAAGUGCAAGUUUUCAAUCUAAGUAGUAUCCUUUUGCAUUAAUCAAAGUUAUCAGUUCAACUUCAAGCAAAAUGUUUCGUUUUUCGCGCAAUGCAAUGUCCCGAGCCUGCAGCCUCGUAAUCCGCCGGCCGGAGGUGAUCCGCCAUCGCAGGCACGCCUCGCAGGCGAUCAACCAGAUGCUCCAGCUGCAGCAGAUGGAGAUCUGCGCAGAUCCUCCGUCGCGCGGCCUUGUCGUGGGCGUCUACGCCGACGAGGAGGACAAGAACGACGCCGGCAUCCUGACGCCCACCGGCUGGAGGUACAAUGUGCAGAAGACGCACGGCCGGUUGCUGGAGGUGCUCCGGAUGUCCGGACCCAUGCCCAAAAGGGGCGAGACCCGCCUCCUGUUCGCCGUGGAGCCGGAACGGGUGCCCUACUACUCGGCGGUGGCGGUCAUCGGGCUUGGCAAGGAGUGCCUGGGCUACAAUCCCUACGAGGUCCUGGACGAGCAGAAGGAAGCCAUUCGGCGAUCGGUGGCGGAUGCCUGCAGGAUACUCGCCGAGCUGGACACCGACCGCAUCGAGGUGGAGAACUGUGGCCACGCCGAAUCAGCCGCGGAGGGAGCUGCUCUGGGGAUUUGGAUCUACCAGGAGCUGAGGGAUCCCAAGCGGCGGGUGUCGGUGCCCUCCAUUGACCUGUUUGCCACCAAGGACGAGAUUUGCGACAUCGAAGGAUGGCGCAUAGGACUUCAAAAGGCUGCCGCCCAAAACCUGACCCGCCAACUGCAAGAGAUGCCCUCCAACCUUUUGACCCCCACUGCCUUUGCCCAGAAUGUCGUCGAGGUGCUCUGUAAAUCCGGUGUGAACGUGGAGGUCAAGGUCGAGGGCUGGGCGGAGAGCCAGUCGAUGCACGCCUUCCUGGCGGUGGGCAAGGCCUCCUGCGAGCCUCCCAUCUUCCUGGAACUAAGCUACUACGGCACCUGUGCCGAGGAACGACCCAUCGUCCUGGUUGGGCAGGGAGUGACCUACGAUGCGGGUGGCUUGUGCCUGAAGGAGAAGCAGGAGCUCUUCCACAUGCGGGGCGACAUGACGGGAGCAGCAGUGGUUGUGGCCACUUGCCGAGCUGUGGCUGGACUUAGGUUGCCAGUCAACAUCCGCGGUCUGAUACCCCUGUGCGAGAAUGUUAUCGGAUGCAACUCCUUCCGUCCAGGUGACAUGGUGAAGUCCAUGAACGGCAAGACCAUUGAGGUUCAGUGCACGGAUCACGAGGAUGUACUCGUGCUGGCGGAUGCCCUGCUUUACGGGCAGAACUUCUGUCCCAAGUGCAUCAUCGACAUUGGCACUUGCUCGGGAUAUAUGCGCCAGGCGUUGGAUGAGGCGGCCUGUGGAGUGUUCACCAACUCUGAGAUCCUGUGGCAGCAGAUCAAGCACGCCAGUAUGCACACCGGAGAUCGCGUGUGGCGCUUCCCCCUGUGGAACUACUACAGCAAGGCGGUGCGAGCCGGAGGGCGCAGUGAUGUCCAGAACUACGGCAUUGGCCGUGGAGGUCGUCCUUGCAAGGCCGCCGCUUUCCUGCGGGAAUUCGUACCUUGCGGACAGUGGAUGCAUAUUGACGCCACUAAUGUGAUGAUCACUCGCGGCGACGAGUUCGAGUAUCUGCGACAGGGCAUGGCCGGACGGCCCACAAGGACACUCAUCGAGUUUAUUGCGCAGUCUAUAUGCAAGGAUACGGCUCCCAAGCUAAACAAGUGAUCCUUCGAACGGUGUUUACUAGUUUUAUCUGACGAUGCCACAUGUACAUCGGUGUUCUUUUAACGACUGACCAACCUAUGACUUCAUUAACGUUCAGACGUUUAUCUAAUUGGGACCACAAUAUGUUAAAAUUAUUGCGUUUAUUAAUGACAUACAAAUUAUAAGUCAUAUAUAAAAGUAA